AGUGUCCAGGAGCACGUCGACGGUUACGAGCGUGAGCCACUUGGCACUGUCCUUCCUUUCUCGGAGGGUUUGAUGUAAGAGAUCACGACGAGUUAUGUUUCGUAUCCCAAAAACAACAAUGCCUACUAUGACUACUACACCUACGAAAAAGCCAAAGCAAACGCAAACUUGCACGUACUCGUCUUACGAAUGUACACAAUCCUGUCUCGAGGGGUUUAAUUAUUGCGCCAAGCAUAUUCUCGAGGAUCCGAAUGCUCCUUACAAAGAAUGCGGCUUUUUAUAUAAUACUAAUGGCAGGAAAUGCCAAAAUCCUGCACCAAAGUUGGACAGAAGAGAUAUCUCUUAUUGCACUGAACAUGCGAGGAAGGCUCAAGUAGCACGUAUAAAGUCAACUGCGAGACAUUCUCUGCCCCAGACACCAGAAAUGCUUUUGCUUAAUUUAAGUCACUACGUUAAGAAAACAGAUUCCAGUACAGAAGAUACAGAGGACGAAGAAGGAAAAGCGAGAGCAUUAGAUCCUUUCACUGAGGUCGAUGCACACAGAGUAAAUGCGAGCGGGUGUGAGAUCUUGGAUUAUGCCAGUUCCUCUGAUAGCGACGUUGAACCCACAACAGUGAGCGAAGCUUUGAGAGGAAGUUACUUGGACGACAGCGAUAACGAAAGCUUGUACAGCGCGCAAGAGGAUCCUUUAAACAUUAAUUUUUUAAGGCAUGCUGGCAUUUUCACCGCCGAGGAGGUGAUCUACAUAGCGAGGGAAAAACUUAUCAGGUUGCAAUCGCUUUACAUAGAUCAGUUCAGAAGACUGCAAUAUGUGUUGAGGGAGAAAAGACGAAAGUAUUUACACGCGCUUAAAAAGGAAAAGGAAACGUUGUGCAGUAUACACGAUCAACCAAAGGAAUCUGCAAAAGAGAAGAAGAUCUAUGAGAAGUUAAAAGCGUUAAACCGAUAUCAUAGGAGAAGCGGAGUUGAAAGUAUAUUGUACCGUAAAUCGUUGGAACGAAGGGCGCAGACAUCCGAAGGAGCUACGCAAAAAAUACCAAGCAUAUCAAAGUGUAUAUUCACGGAAGGCGGAGUAAAAUGUGGAGAGAAGACUCUUCCUGCUGCGAAACAUUGCCGGAAGCACAUCCUUAAAGAUCAGCAUCAAGUAUUGUUCAAAGCGUGUGGCGCGGUACGAGCAGAUAUCGAGUGUCACGAACCGGUCCCUGUGAUUUUCGAUACAAACUGCGUGUUUCAUAUGAAUUUACCGCCCGAAUGCAAGUUGGAACCGAUGAAAUUUAAGGAAGUUAAACCUGAAAUCCAGGAAACGUCGGUAACGGAUAAUCAAUCUAUGGAGAUCGAUGUAGUGGGCGAGAUUCAGGAAAUCGAUCCUGACGAUGACAUGGCGGGAUUGAUGAGGGAAAUGAGCGAUGCUGCUCAUAUGAAACCAGCGUUUAAUGACAGUUUGAACAGCGAAGCCAGUACGGACACAGCGUUCAGCCUGUCGGCACAGAUGAGUGAUAAAGACGACAUCGUCUCCGUGUGACGAACUCUCUGCAACUUCAAAUUAUUAAAAAGUAUUCAUGGUCGCUGUUACAUAAUUAUAUUAUUUUUAUUUGUACAAAGUAACGCGAUCUAACAAUUGGUGUUUAUAAAUUCUGUUCGACAAGUGCCUACACGCUGAGUAGUGUAGGAAUAUUCAUGUACAUACGAAUACCGAACCACUCUUCUCAUUUGUAAAUACAUAUUUCAUUUUCUCUUCGUUAUUUAAGAAUAAAGAAAAGACUCACCUUCUUA